CGCGCCCCCACGUGGGUAGGAUUUCUUGCGUUCGUGACGUAGCGCUUCAUUUACGCUUUUUGCGCAGUCCGGACUCCGGAGCUGACAGGUCAACUUCAACAUGGCGUCUAGCACAAGUGAAUCAGUAAAGCGUGAAAUCCUUCAGAGACUUCAAGAUCGACUGACAUACAUCUUGGAUAGGACACCUGUUGAUCUCGAAGGGCUACAGUUUGCGUGCCGUCAGGCUUUUGUUAUAUUGAGUGCACUGGGUGACAUUGUUGAUUUAGGGAAUAAUAUACAGUCUGCACUUGCAGACCUGAAUAGCCUUAUCCAACAAGAGAGAGAUAAUCAACAGAUAUUUGUGACCCUUGAGUUGCAAAAAUGUUGUGGACGUGGGCGUCCACGAUUGAAUGUGUCAGUAGAGGCUCUGACACAUCUGGUUGAACUGGGACUGCCAUCGAGUUGCAUCGCCAGACUCCUGGGUGUGUCUAGAGCAACGCUAUUUAGGCGGGUGACCGAAAAUGACAUUUCUAUAUCUGCUUCAUAUAGUGGCUGCACUGAUGACGAAUUGGAUUCAUUGAUCACCACAAUAAAAAGUGCAAUGCCAGAUGCUGGCUACCGUGUAGUCCGAGGUGCUCUACUUGCGAAGGGACACAGAGUGCAAUGGGAACGGGUGUAUGCAUCCAUGCAUCGUGUGGACAGUGUUGGUGUGCUCGCCAGGAUGACCCGGAUGGGAUGUGUGGUGAGGAGAACAUACACAGUUCCUUACCCUUAGUA